AUGACAGAUGGCCACGCAACGGACUUCACCGCGGGGACUUGGCUCGACCAAACAGUUACCAAUACUUGGGCGUGGACCGUUGAGUGCAAUGACACGAUAACCACACACCCCCGGCACAACAAAGGUGGAACCAUGGAUUCGCCUUCGGAACCUCAAGAAGAUAGACAACCCGCAGCGUCACAUUUCAUAGAAUUCACGUUCAGCUGCGGCUCCUGCGCCAAAAAGAAACUGCACGUCCUUUCCUCCUUCCUUAACAGCCUCCCCCACCCGUCAGUCAGAAGUUAUUGCUCGCAUCUUACUACAGGUGCAUACGGAAAACAAGCGCCACAUUCCCCUACCCACAGCAAAGAGUUGGCGCUCGACCUACCAUUCAUACCCACAUUCUUGUUUUCCCCCUUAUCUCCCCACAUGGUUUCAACUCCCGUCAGCGGUUCACAAGUACCAGUAUGCUUCCAUAAGGCGAAUAUCUGA